CUACUUCCCCGUCUUCCCUUCCACUCGACACGCCACAAAGCUGUGUCUUUCUUAUCCUGAACGCCUCAUCGAGGCUUUUGGAAUCUGGUUCUCUGCCUACUGAUUAAGCCAAUGUUAAAGAAAACACACGAAUCAAAAGAAGAAACAAGAAGAAUUCGAUUCUCCAAUCUAUCUGACUACCCAGAUUCGCUCGCGGUAACUUCCUAGUUGAAGAUACGAUGGGCAACGCCUUUGUUAAAAAGCGUAACGCUCAAUUUUCCAGAAAUGUUAAAGAGGAGCGCGGAAGUAGCAGGUCAUCUAACCUAAGUAACCGAACGGUGCCUCAACCUCGACGACCACAGCCCCAGCCGCCGGAGAUGAUGCAGAGGAUAUGGAGUAACAAGAACCGAUCGUCCGGAGAAAGCUCCGUCGUGGCAGGAAAGGAAUCGGUGAAGAAGAAAUAUGCUUUGAUUCCCGAUAACUUCACUACCCUUGAGCAGGUGACCGCAGCCUUGAGGAAAGAAGGUUUGGAAUCAUCAAAUCUCAUCCUUGGAAUUGAUUUCACGAAGAGCAACGAGUGGACUGGCAAAGUAUCAUUUAAUAAUAGAAGCCUGCAUGCUAUUGGAUCAACACCCAACCCCUACGAGAAGGCCAUCUCUAUUAUCGGCAAGACCUUGGCGCCCUUCGAUGAUGACAAUUUAAUUCCAUGUUUUGGCUUUGGUGAUGCUACCACCCAUGAUCAAGAAGUAUUUAGCUUUCACAGUGAUCAUUCAUCCUGCCAUGGUUUUGAGGAAGUUCUGGAGUGCUACCAAAAAAUAGUUCCGAACUUGAAACUUUCAGGGCCAACUUCUUACGGUCCGGUGAUUGAGGCUGCAAUAGACAUAGUUGAGAAAAAUGGGGGCCAAUUCCAUGUGUUGGUUAUAAUUGCAGAUGGACAGGUUACAAGAAGCGUAAAUUAUGAUGACGGAGAACUGAGUCCUCAGGAACAGAAGACCAUCCAAGCCAUUGUUGAAGCAAGUUCAUAUCCACUUUCGAUUGUUCUUGUUGGAGUUGGUGAUGGGCCUUGGGAAGACAUGAGAAAGUUUGAUGACAAGAUACCUGCACGCGAUUUUGACAAUUUUCAGUUCGUUAAUUUCACUGAGAUAAUGUCUAAAAAUUCAAGCCCUUCUCAGAAAGAAGCAGCUUUUGCUCUGGCUGCUCUGAUGGAGAUUCCAUUCCAGUAUAAAGCAGCUAUUGAACUUAAAAGACUUGGCCGUACGACAGGUAGGGCUAAGAAAAUAGUUCCGCGACCUCCUCCAGUUCCUUAUUCUCGACCUGCACCACCGGCUCGUCUACCAAGCAGUGUUCCCUCAGACGAUGAGCGAAAUCAGCAGCAGGCCUGCCCUAUUUGCCUGACAAAUGCUAAGGACUUGGCCUUUGGAUGUGGGCACAUGACUUGCAGAGAUUGUGGAUCCAGGUUAACCAACUGUCCCAUUUGCCGAGAGCGGAUCACAAGUCGUCUCAGGGUGUUCACCGGGUGAUUGUGUAAGGGAAAGGGUACUUUUACAGAGAACUAGAACUUAAUAUUCUUACCUUUAAAGUUUGCUUGGUUUAAUUUAUUAAAUCAAGGAAAAGUCUUAAAAAAAGACCAUCAAAAUAGAAAAAUUGUAAAUAGAGACCCAUGAUAACAUUAGUAUGGGUUUUGACAACGAUUUUUAUGAAUGGGUCUCUGUAUGCAAUUUUUCUAUUUCAGUGUUUUUUUGUGUGGCUAUUUUCCCUUAAAUCAAACUAAAAACGUAAAUAUGCAUCUUAUGAUGAACAGCUUAAGGGGCUAUGCUUUCCAUAAAACCUACGUGGAAGAAGAUUAUGUACAUUAACUAAGGUCAGAAAGUAUUGCUUCCUGGUGGUUGGUUGAAGAAUGGACUUGGAUUUGCAUGAGAUUGCUGUAUGUAGAGGGUGAGAGUGUUGCUUUCUAGACUGAAAAAGAGUGUCCUGGCUUUGUGGGAGAUUUUAUUUGUUUCAUGUGGCGUAUGGGUUUGAAGCUGUUCAUAGCAAUCGUCUGUUGUACAUACAGAUACAGUACACUUUCUUCUCUGUUGCCAAUAUGGUUUGAAUAAUUUGGUUACAUUGAUGCAAAGAUAAUACCUUUUCAUCAAUUGUGCAUAGUGGCUUCAAUAUCU